AUGGAACAAUUGCUGAAAGACAAGUAUGGUGAUGUGAUGGUGAUAAACUUUACCAGACAAUUUGUUUCCAAUCAGAGUGGAAUCAAUACAAGUUUGAAUACUUCAUCAUCAUCCGAUUUGAACACUUCCAUCACUGAAAUUACAACACUAGCCUCCAUCUCUCACUUUGAGAGAAUUACUCACCUCUUUGAAAUGUGUAAGACCAUGUAUAAUUUCAUUACCAACAAGACUACUAAUCAGGGUGUUAUUGUAAUUGUUGCCAAUGCACAAUACACUUGUUUUGCCUUGUUGUUAAUUGCUUCCUUCCUCUCCUAUAUUGAAGAUAACGAAUUUAGAUCCAAGAGAAAUUAUCGAACCACUCUUGAAGCUUACUAUGAAUUGAAAAAGUAUAUUACAGAGAAACCAAUUGGAAAGGUGUUGGGAUCACUUUAUACCAAGCAACAAAUUGAUUUGAUUGCUACUUUUGAACCUAGUGUUGUUCGUUAUUGCAAAUACUUUAACUAUUUGACAAGAGUGCCACUUCCUGAAAUUCAAUUAAUGUCCCUCGAUUCUAUUGUUCUUUCAACUUUGGAUGUUUUCAAGAAGGAUGCUAAUAGAAAGCAACGUCCACAACAGGAAGAUCUUUUGAAUUUUAAUGAUACAGCAUCUGGUAUUUACUUUGUUGUCAAACAGAAUAAUCAAAUUGUCUAUUCAACUUAUGGUACCCAACCUGAAUCAAUCACUUCACUUGCUGGAGUUGGUGAUAGGAAGGUUGAACCUGUUGGUAAUAAUCAUUUCCCAAUUCCAAAGCAAGCAUGUAAACUCAUUGGUGAUUUUAUUCUCUUUGGUUAUCAAAUGGAUGAAUUGGGUACUAUUCAACAACUUUUCAGAUAUACAUACAAUACUGUCUUUUUACAAACUCAAGACAAUGGCAAUAUUUUAUGUAUUGAAAAGAAUAGAUUGGAUUGGGCUCACACCAAUAAUGAAAUUGUUGACAAUAUCAAGAUUCAACUCAAAUUUUCAUUUGUAAAGAAGGAAAUUGACAGUUCUGCAGAACUUAAGGUUAACACAUAUAGAACAGAAUUGGAUUCCACUGUUAAGAGUUGUCCAUAUUACUUGAAGGGUAAUAAGGUGGCCAUUAGGUUGGCUCACAUUACAAAUCAAUCCCACAGAAGAAAUAUGAAGAACUUGAUUUCAGAAAUGGAAGUAUUCACUCAAAAUAAGGAUACCAUGUUAAAGAAGAUUGAAUCAAAAUCACCAAACAAGAGAAUAUUCUCUGAAAUGGAACAAAUUGAUCAAUUAACAAACAUCUUUAGUGAAUUGCAUGUUGGUAGAACACCUGCUAAACUCAAUAAGAGAUAUCAAGGAUUGUUAACUCCUGACAGUAGUUCCAAGUUGAGACUCAUGUCCUCUCCACGUUCAGCUCGUAGAAGCAGUUCGAAGAAGAAUAAUCUCACUCCAAUGAGAGAACAAAACUUGCUUCACUUUACUCCUCCUUCUGCUAAACACAAUCCAAACAAGGAAAACGAAUGUGUUCUUCUUGAUAUGAAUGAUCCAGUCCUUACCUCUUGCCUCUCUCCAAUUAAGCCAUAUAAGCCUUCUACCAUUCCACCUCCACCAAUGAUGGGAAGCGUUCCUCCACCUCCAACUUUGAGUGUUGUUCCUCCACCACCACCAUUGCAACCAGUCAAUCUUAAUGUUCCACCACCUCCACCAAUGAUGAUGGGAGGUAUUCCAACUCUCAAGAAACCACUCAUUAUCAAGAAGGUUGAAGAUAACAAUAUCAAAAAGCUUCACUGGCAACCAAUUAAGGUUGUGAGUAAUAAUAGUGUUUGGAAUAAUUCAAGCAUUGAUGAAAAUAUUCUUGACUUGGGAGAAUUCCAAAAGAUGUUCUCAAGAGAAGAUGCUACUGCCAAGACUCCAAUGAAACCAAAGUCUUCAGUUCCUGCCACUCCAACCAAUCAAGGUAUUCUCGAUAUGGGAACCAAUAGAAAUGUUGAGAUUAUUCUUAAUAGUCUCUUCAAGACAUUUAGCAAUGAUCAAAUUACUGAAUUUAUCAACAUUUUGGAUACCAGUGUCCUCUCUAUUCAACAUGUUGACAAUUUGAAGCGUUUGGUUAAUAUUGCUAAUGAAUUGGCAAGUAAGAAGAAGGAGCUCGAGGCAAAGGAAAAGUUGUUGAGAACUGAAGAAUUCUUACUUUCACUCCUCUCCGUUAAGAACAUUGAAGCAAAGGUCAAUGUUAUUGGUUACAUGCACACCUUUGAAAGCACUCUUGAUAAUCUCACUCUCAAGAUUAAGAGAAAGCAAGAAGCUAUUCGUAUUGUUCGUACCUCUGAAUCAUUUGCCAAAGUUCUCAAAUAUGUCUUGACUGUUGGUAACUAUAUGAACAGAGGUAAGAAGCAACUUGAAGCAGCCAAUGGUUUCCACAUUUCAAUCUUGCCAAAACUUGGUGAUACCAAAUCAACCAAUAAGGAAAUGACUCUUAUGCAUUACCUUGUUGGAGUAUUGGAAAAGGAUAGUAUUGACACUUUGUGCUUUGAAAAGGAAUUGGAAAGUGCAGGUGUUUGUACAUUCGGUGUUUCUAUUACCGUUGAUAGUAUUGAUAUCUUGUUCAAGGAAUUUAAACAAAUUCAAGAUCGUAUUGAAUAUCUUCACCAAGUUGGAGCUAAGAAUGAAAGAGAAUUAUACGAAACCAGAUUGAAUACCUUCUACUCUAGAUGUGCACCAACACUUCCAAGUGUAGUUGAAGCCUAUGAAUCUCUCAAGAAUUCCUAUAAGGAAUGUUGUGAAUAUUUCCACUUUGCAUGUUCAAAAUCAUCUAAGGAGGAAGAAGAUGAAUUCUUUGCAUACAUUAAGGAUUUUACCACCCAAUACAAGAAGGCCAAGAAGGACAUUGAACAAAAGAGAAUGGCUGAAACCAAAUUAGCCAUGCAAAGAACUAGUUCACUUUCUCAAUUGUCAAAGAAGAGAAAGACUGCUGUUGAGCAACAACAACAACAACAACAAGACGAAAACAUUCUAACAACACCAUCUAAGAGUUGUCUAAACAUGACUGUUUGUUAA